ACAGGAAAUCCAGCAAAACUGAGCAAUGCCAAAACCAGUAAAAUAUGAGAUAUCACUAUCAUAAUGACCAAAAUACCCAUCUUGUUGUAAUAAACCCAUCUUCCUCCUCUCAGCCGAGUCGAAUCCAUCGACAAAAAUUCCAUCUUUCAAAUGUUAGCAAAAUUAGAAUUUCGGAAAACCCUAACCCUAAUCAAAGACCCAACAUCACCCUUUUUGACACUCUCUUGUUAUUUAAUCCACGCUUUCUCUGACGACAUAUACGACCCGCCAUUUUCUUCAAAACCCAAGAAACCCAAAACCCCCAAGACACAGCAAAAGCCACCCGACCCAAGUUUAAACCGAAACAAAUUCCCUGUUAAAUCUGACCUUCCUUUUGACUUCAAAUACUCAUACUCGGAGACCAACCCGGCGAUCGAGCCCAUAGGAUUCCGAGAGCCGAAACGGUUCUCUCCAUUUGGGCCAGGCCGGCUUGAGAGGCAAUGGACCGGGACUGCCGCAUUGGCUCAAAAAGAAGUUGAUUUGAGUCGGUUGGAGGAGGAGAGGAAUCGGGUUAUGGGGGACCCGCUUACGGAGGAGGAAGUUGCUGAGCUUGUUGAGCGGUAUAGACAUAGUGAUUGUGGCAGGCAAAUCAAUAUAGGGAAGGGAGGAGUUACACACAACAUGUUAGAUGACAUCCAUAACCAUUGGAAAAGGGCUGAAGCUGUGAGGAUCAAGUGCUUGGGAGUGCCAACUCUUGACAUGGAUAAUAUUUGCUUCCAUCUCGAGGAAAAAUCUGGGGGGAAGAUCAUUUACCGGCACAUUAAUGUCCUUCUUUUGUACCGGGGUCGAAAUUAUGAUCCCAAGAAUCGGCCAAUUAUUCCUCUUAUGUUAUGGAAGCCCUAUGCACCCAUAUAUCCAAAACUUGUGAAGAAUAUUGCUGAUGGUUUGACAUUCGAAGAAAUGAAGGAAAUGCGAAACAGAGGACUUAAUUCUCCUCCUUUGAUGAAAUUGACCAGGAAUGGUGUGUAUGUGAAUGUAGUGGAGAGAGUGAGGGAGGCUUUCAAGAUUGAAGAGGUAGUGAGACUAGAUUGUUCACAUGCAGGUACCAGUGACUGCAAAAGGAUUGGUGUGAAGCUAAGGGAUUUGGUCCCUUGUGUUCCUAUCUUGUUCAAGGAUGAGCAGAUCAUCCUCUGGAGGGGAAAAAAGGACCAACCAGUGGACUCCAACUCCUCAAUGGAUCUGACAAGUCAAUAGGGCCAAGGGAGGAAAAUACAGGGAAGAUUUGGUUAGAGGAGAGACUGGACUGGAGUCUUCAAUUGCAACAGCUCUGGCAGGUGACAAGUGGCAGGCUGUGAGUGGAGAGAAUCAAGAGUCGGUUACAAAAUUCUGUAUAAAAAGUGAAAUGUAGAAGGAAGUGAGCAGAGAGAAUUAUCUAGAAUAUUGUUAACCAGAUUCUCGUUUCAUUUUGGAGAGUACUGGCUUCUUAAAAGCCAGCUUACAGUGUUUUAAAUUUAGUUUUUGUAUUUGAAUAUUGUAAGAAACAGUGUAGUGGUUGAUGAGUAAUACAGAUGAUGAGUUUCAUUUCC